CGCAUGGUUGCAUGAACAGAAAAGUAAAUAAACUGUAAGCUGAACUACUUUCAAAGGGGAAAAAAAGGUCUUUGACGUAGAUUGGAAAUGAUCGGUAGGAUUAUAGGUCAAGCAUGAAAUGCGAAGUUCAAUUCAAGCAUUUAAUUGUGUUCAAGUAUUUGAAAGUUUCUUACUUAUCCUGAAAUUGCGUAAAGAUGUACACAAGAUCUGCAGCAUCGUAUAAAACAGAUAUUUACUUUUAAUUACAACUUUACGUUUGCGUAUUUUUUGUUGGAUAUAUUUUAAAUUUCGAGAAUGAAAUCAAAUUUUUCAACUGUAGAACAAUCAGUGCAAUUUUUAGAAAACUUUUAUCUUUCCACUGUGAAAAAUAAAAAAAUUCUGCAGACAGUUUUGGGGAAUGAAAUACUUUCACCUCUACAUGGAGAUUUGCAAGAAAAGAUUCUUCAUUCCACAGUUCAAAAUCCUAUUUGCAAGAAGUACCCACCCUCAAGAGCAUAUCAAAGGUUCUUUUUACGAACACUGAUUGAUUUUGUUGAAUCUCAUGACUUAGAAAUUUGUGAUAGUCUUGUGGAAGAGUAUAGUGCAAUAUUUAUGUUACCCUCUGGAGAUGAAAUUGGUUAUUGUUCAUAUGUGAUUGAUGAAGACUGCAGAGUUAGUCUUCAAGAAAACUCUUGUUUUGUUGCAAAAAGUACUACUGGCCUUUUAACAUGGGAAGCUUCCAAAUACUUGGUCGAUUGGUGCAGGGAAAACGUUGUUGAGUUUGAAAAUAAAAAAGUUUUAGAACUAGGAUCUGGUAUUGGACUUCUAGGAAUAAGUAUUUUGAAGCUAUGUCAUCCAUGUGCAUACACAUUUAGCGAUAAAAGUUGGGAAGUAUUAAAUGUAUUGGCUUCCAAUAUUGCCAUUAAUUAUGACGAAAUUGCCAGUGAUACAAUUAUUCAGAAGAUGCAGCUAGUAUGGUCAACUAUAUCUAAAGAAGAUUCAACUUCUCUAAGCCCAGAUAUUAUAAUAGGAGCAGACUUGGUUUAUGAUCCAAGUAUGGUUGAAAGUCUUACCCAUGCCUUAAAAACAUUUUUAUCUGAAAAAACUGUAUGUGCUUACAUUGCAAAUACUGUAAGAAGUACAGACACAAUUCAAGUAUUUGAAUCAGCAUUAGGGUCCUUAAAAUUGACAUUUGAAAUUAUGAACCCACCCAUGAAGUCUUCUUUUAUUUAUAAUGAACCAAAUUGUUUUAAGUUGUACAAAAUAUAUAUGAAAGAAAAAUAAAUUUUUAUUUUUGUAAAAAAUAAUAAUGAACUAUUACUUUUUAUAAGAAACAUAUGAAUGUAAGGAAUUU